GCCGCACCGGCCUCCUCUGCGGCGCGAUGGACUCCGGCAGCGAGACCCACGAGCUGAACGGGCUGGCGGAGGGCGCGGAGCCGGCGCUCGGCGAGCGGCAAAGAACAUCACAGUGGUUUCAAAGAAAUGGACCUAUGAAUAUCAACCACUACGCAAAUAAGAAAAGUGCUGCAGAGAGCAUGUUGGACAUUGCCCUGCUGAUGGCCAAUGCAUCCCAGCUGAAAGCCGUGAUAGAGCAAGGACCUUCUUUUUCCUUCUACAUCCCACUUAUUAUUCUUAUCAGCCUGUCACUCACACUGCAAGUUAUGGUGGGAGUACUCCUGAUAUUCCUUGUAAAAUAUGAUCUUAACAACCCUGCAAAACAUGGAAAGCUGAAUUUCCUCAACAACCUUGCAACUGGACUAGUAUUCAUUAUAGUAGUUGUGAAUAUUUUUAUCACUGCCUUUGGAGUGCAGAAGCCAGUUGCUGAGUCAGCUUCAAGACAGUAAAUAAAAGAGACCUGAAGCAUUCAUUCUAGAUGCCAUUUGCACUUGAGCCAGUUACACUUGGACACGAUGGGGGGGGAGGGGGGUAAUACUCUGAAGAAGCUGGACACACCAGGCAGCUUUCUCUAGUCUCCAAGCAGCAGCAUUACUUGUGUACCUGAAAUUUUCCCAUGUGUUAAUAUUUAAACUGUUCAGCAUCUAAGGAAAGGUUGAUUUUGACUCAAGGACAUUGGUUUUCUGGAAUACUGGCAUUUCCACUUCUGCAGAAACUAACUGAUUUUCAGAGAGCUCAUCGAAGAAGGUAUUAUCAAUUGGUGGCACUUCACAGGACUUCCCAUUCUCCAUGCCUUUUGUUUUUGUGGCAAGUUAUUACUUCCUUGUGGUAUGAAACAUCAGACCUUCGGUUCUGGUGUGGUCACAUUGUCCUUUAUUUCACUUGCUUGGCACCAGACCAGUGUACUCCAUGGCACAACAGUGGUCUUCCUUUGCAGUGUGCAGAGAUAGCUGUGCCUUGUUUUCUUUUUUCUCCUCUCUAGCUAAAGCAAAGGUGAGACAAACAGAAGCUGUAGGCCACCAUUUGUCUGGUUUUGGUCACAGGGACUCAUUUGUCCUGCUUCUUCAUUUCUGGACCUCACUUAAAAUUUCCUCUCAUUUGUGCACAGACACAAAUAACUGCUAAUAGUUUCUUACUAUUUAUUGCUGUACUCCGUAUUCUGUGUAUUAUGUAUGCUUCUGGAAACCCUGUUCAAGCACUGCCUUUUCUAGGCCCAGCUGGAAAACCAUUUGGAAAACCAGGGGACACAGGAUGAACUUUACUUGCCAAACUGGUAGUGAGCGCCUUUCAGCAAUUCAGAUAGCAAACUGGAAGAAGUUUAUCCCUCUGUAACUUACUUUUCCCUCUUCUCUUCCCAAGAUUGAUUGCUGUAGUUGCUCUUAUGCGUUUAUGGCUAAAAGCUUAACUAAUGUCUUAAUUUUUAUUUUUAAAUAUUUUUAGAGAUAUAUAAAUAUCUUUUAGGUUCUUACCUGCUGGCUCAGGGACUGGCACUUUUUCUAAAUACACUAUUGCUAUAAUGGUGUAAGUUACAGAGAUUUCUGUAACAAAAAGCAUUUCAGUCAUUGUAUUUCUGAAGUAUCACAUCUGCAAUCACAAAAAUCCUAGUUUUCUAGAUCGUGCUAACUUGUACAUGAAGACUUGUACUAAUACUUUUUCUUACUGUUAAUUUUUAAAUGCUCCCUUGCACAUAGUAACAGAAGCUUGACCUCCAUGUGUCUCAUCUCAUUUACAAUUCUUAUUGAUCACAUUUCUCUUUUGUUAUGUCUUGAGGCCUGUUGGUGCACCAUAUCUGCAUUUGCACCUUCUGUAAAAAUUGCUAACCAAAAACAAAUCUCAGAAACUUGUGUGAUUAAUAAUGGGACAGAAAUUCUUUUUUAUUUUUCAAUUUGUCUUUCAAUGCUUCAUUUCCAACUCGACAUGUAUUUAACCAGUAUCUAGUAAGCAAUGGUUUUAAUGGUGUGUGUGGGGCUAAGUUAAACGCAGCCCAGAACAAGUUCUUAAGGAGGUACUAGGGACAAUCUUCCAUAUUAAUUUUUACAAACUAGCAAACUGCCGAAGGAGUAUGUAUGAACUCAUACACACCUGUGCUAUCGCACUUCUGGUGCUGUAGUGUAGCGAAUCAGACUGGCCAAACAAACAGCUGUGCUGAAAGCCUUAGAAACCUUUCUUUUGGAGAGCAGAGGUGAUGUAGGCAGAGCCCUUCCAAGCAUGGAAUUAUUUUAUCUGUGCCUUACCACUGGCAGAAUUUCAGUAAGAUUAUUGACUGUACCAGCUUUGUUACCUUGCAUUGGAAUAUUUGCCCGUCAGUACAUCUGAUUCAGCCUGGGGAGGCUCUCUGGAGGCAGCUGCCUCUCUUCUCUACAGGAAACGUUCUGCCUAAGCUAGGUGUCUGAAGUAGUUGCUUUGUGUUUUCCCAAAUACAUUAUCUGUCCAAAGGAUAGUUACUUUUAACUUAGCUGUGAAUAUUAGAUAUUUUUCAUUGCCAGAUUUGUAUCUUUCUCUUUUUUUAAGCAAGACAUAAAAAGAGGAAGAACUGUGAUUGUGGCUAAUCCUCUCACUUUUUUGACUUGUCCUUACUACCCUAAAGGCAGACACAAACAGAAGCCCCGGCUGUGUUGAUAUUUACUGUCUUUAUACUUGUGAUUUGGCCUAAUUUUGAAUGUAGCUUUCAUAUUUGUCUUGCACUGAAACACGUGAAAGCAGUCAGAGGGAGGUGGAGGACAGACAUACCAGGUCAUUUCACUUUUUAUUUCCCUCUUUACUGGACCAUAAUUUUUCAGGUCACUCAAGUGAACAAGCUGUUAGAGUAGAUUUCUCCUGGAAAAUAUAGCUGUUCUUAUAUCAUCUUUGCUGCUAAACUGUCAUCCGACAAAAUCUACUAAGCCUUGUAUAUCCCAUCUCCCAUGGCUUGUGGAACUAACUGGAUACAGAGCAGCAGGGUAGGGAAAAAGCACCAGGAGAUGACUUGUCAACUGCAUGCUCCAGUGGACUUUGCAGGACAAUCUCCUUCCUCCUGAAGAAAAAACACUUCAAACUUGGACACGGUCUGGGGGAGCAAAAGCUGGACAUGGAGGUCUGCAUUAAGGGGGUAGGUGUCUGUUCACUUGAAGUCUACCAGAGCCAGGCUCAGAACAGCAACAAAAAACCUGCCAUGAAUCCUUACGCCUCCUGAGUUCAGUGUGACUGAAGCAUUACAACAGAGAUACAGCUUCAAAGAGCCUCAACUCUGCUUCUAAACACAGGAAAACCUGAUCUGCACCUGACUACGAGACUCUACUGGGCAACAGCAGUAUUCAACUUGCAACUGAAUGUCUUUUUAAAUAAAAAGGAUGCUGGUUUAUUACCA